GCGAGCAUCGGUCUCUUUCUUUCGGUUUCACACCGGCAGCAGCUUCCCGACAGAAGCGGGAAUAAUUCGGUUACCGACGCUUGUGACGCUCCUCUCCGUGAUCACGAAAGAGAUGUCUCCAGUGUCCAUGCAGGCCCCUGUGUGUCUGAUUGAUAAUGGGACAGACGGGCGCAUGAGUGUCCAGCAGGGGGCACUACAGAUCCUGGAGCAGAUCCAGGAGCCGGUGGUGGUGGUGGCUGUGGUGGGGCUCUACCGCACGGGGAAGUCCUACCUCAUGAACCGGCUGGCCGGGAAACAAAAAGGGUUUGCCCUGGGCGGCACCAUUGAGUCCAAAACCAAAGGAAUCUGGAUGUGGUGUGUACCUCACCCCUCUAAAAAAGGACACACUCUGGUGCUGUUGGACACAGAAGGACUGGGAGACGUUGAGAAGGGCGAUGAGAAACACGACACCUGGAUCUUCUGUCUGGCUGUUCUACUCAGCAGCACUCUGGUCUACAACAGCUUGGGCACCAUCGACAACAACGCCCUGGAGAAACUGCAGUACGUGACGGAACUGACGGAGCACAUCAAGGUGAAGUCGAGUAAGCAUGACCAGACCACGGAGCUGAUGCGGGUCUUCCCCUCCUUCGUGUGGACGGUCAGAGACUUCACCCUGGAGCUGGAGCUGAAGGGCAAACCCAUCACUGCCGAUGAGUACCUGGAGAACGCCCUGAAGCUGAAAUCAGGCUCCUCUGCCGAGGUCAUGAGACAGAACCAGCUGCGCCAGGGCCUGAGGGACUUCUUCGCUCCGAGGCGCUGCUUCACGUUCGACCGCCCGGCCAGCGCCAAGAACAUGAGGCGCAUGGAGGAACUCACGGACGCGGACCUGGACUCCUCCUUUGUGGAGGAGGCCCAGAAGUUCUGCAGCUACGUCUUCAGCAACUCCAAGCCCAAAGCCAUGAGGGGAGGCCUGGGGGUCACUGGCAGGAUGCUGGGCAACCUGGCAGAGACGUAUGUGGAGGCGAUCCGCAGCGGGCAGGUGCCGUGUCUGGAGAGCGCAGUGGAGUCCCUGGUGAUGAUCCAGAACGGCCGCGCCAUCACAGACGCUCUGCAGUUCUACCGGAGUGAGAUGGAGCGCUGGGUGCGCUUGCCCUCCGAGACACAGGAGGCGCUGUCUGAGAUCCACGCUGCCGCAGAGAAACAGGCCGUCGACAUCUUCGUCAGAGGAUCCUUUAACGACCACGACCACAAGUACCAGCUGGAGCUCAUGGGGAGUGUGUUGAAGGAGUAUGAGGAGUGGUGUGGGCGUAAUGUGGAGGAGUCGCGGCGUGUGUGCCGAGCCGUCCUGUCCCGUGUGUUCGCCCCCCUGGAGGAGGCUGUGACGGGGGGGGCCUUCAUGCAGCCGGGGGGGUAUAAGGCCUUCCAAACUGCCCUGGACCACGCCAUUCACCUCUACAGAGAAGAGAAGGGCAAAGGACUCCUGAGAGAGGAGGUUCUGACGGACUAUCUGAAGGAUAAGAGUGCGGUUGGUGAGAACAUCCUGGCCGCUGACCGCUCCCUCACUGAGGCCCAGCAGAGAAUGGAAGAGGAGAAGAGGAGACGAGAGGAGGUGGAGCAGCAGCAGAAGCUGCUGGAGGAACAGAACCGCAUCCAGGAGCAGGCCAUCCUCGACCAGAAGAGGAGCAUGGAGGUGAACGAGCGGCGGAUGGCGGAGAAGAUGGAGGAGGAGCGCCAGAGAGCCAAGGAGGAGCUGGAGCGCGUGCUCAACGCCAAACUGAAGGAGCAGGAGCAGUCUCUGGAGGAGGGCUUUAAGGAGCGUGCGCGGAAGCUGGAGGAGGAUUUGAAUAAGCUGAAGGAGGAGCAGAAGAGUGAGGAGCCGCAGGGCUCCUCCUGGCUUGGCACUACCGGAGCGGUGCUGGAGAACGCGGGCAUGAUGGGCGCCUUCGUACCCGGCUGGACUUUGCCAGCACUGGGCACUGCGGCGGUGGGCAAGUUCCUCGGCUGGCUAGGGAGGGGGAAAUAGACUGGGGAGUUAGGGGUGGCCAGAGUCCUCUGUUUCUUCAACUGGAGAUAGAAAUGGGUAUUCAGAGACAGAGUAAUACAACAUAUAUACUUCUAUUAUCAGACAGUUUCCAAUUUCUAAAUUUUGUUUAAUUUUUGAAGCUUUAGCUCUUUGAUACUUUUUGAUUAUAUCUUUGCUAUCCAAAAGUAUGUAGAGUGGUUUUCAGUAAAAGGAAACUGAAUUAUACA